AUGUGGGGGACCCAAAUACUGAUCGAGAUGACUUCUACCCCUUCCUAUCACAUCAAAACAUCAGACGCCACUGGAAGGAACGACUCUUUGAAUGGGGACAAUGAGUAUGAAUAUGAGGACGAGUAUGCUGAGCUGAGAAAGGGUCUACACAUCAUGUCUCUCAUCUUUUACUGCCUGGCCUUUGUUCUUGGUGUGCUCGGCAACGGUGUGGUUAUCUGGGUGACCGGCUUCAAGAUGAAGAAAACAGUGAACACUGUGUGGUUCCUCAACCUCGCUGUGGCCGACUUCCUCUUCACAGCAUUUCUGCCCCUGAGUGUCAUCUACACAGCUUUGGAUUUCCACUGGCCUUUUGGAAAAUUCAUGUGCAAACUGAACACCACGAUAAGCUUUCUGAACAUGUAUGCCAGUGUCUACAUUCUGGUGGUGAUCAGUGUGGACAGAUGUGUGUCUGUGGUGUGGCCCGUCUGGGCCCAGAACCACCGAAGUGUACGCAAGGCAUCCUUUGUGAGUCUGGGGGUUUGGGUACUGGCUCUGAUACUCAGCACUCCAUACUUCAUCUUCAGGGACACUGUUCCAUCGUUUCACAAUGCAGAUGUCAUCAACUGCUUCAACAACUAUGCUCUUACUGACGACUUCGAGAACGAGUCUCUGUAUCAGCUGGGAUUAUUUCGGCAAAAGGCCAUGGUCAUCACCCGCUUCCUCCUGGGAUUUGUUGUCCCCUUCACUGUCAUUGUCUCCUGUUAUGCUGUCAUAAUCCAUCACAUCAGAAGAAACCGCACCCUGGCCAGCCACUCAAGUCGCUCCUUUAAGAUCAUUGCUGCUGUUAUCACUGCUUUCUUCCUGUGUUGGGCUCCCUUUCACAUUGUGGUUUUAAUAGAGUUGGCAAAUUCUCUACUUUCUAUCCGAAGUGUUACAUUAGACCAUGUCAUCACUAUUGGAAUCCCUAUAGCAAGCAGCCUGGCCUUUCUCAACAGUUGCCUGAACCCACUGCUCUAUGUGUUCAUGGGACAAGAUUUCAAGGAUAAAGUCUGCAAAUCCAUCCUGAAUGUUUUGGAGACUGCCUUCAAGGAAGAGGUUUCUGGCCGUAACACUGGAACAAAGUCAGUGGACACCAGUCAGAGUAGAGAGAUGUUGUCCCGUAAUACUCAAGUAUAAGGUUUCCCAUGACAUGAAGGAGAAAAAUCUAAAACUGUGGUAAAUAAAUUGAUGCAUCAAAGUUCUUUUAUUUCUAUGUUUGUAGAUCUCUUUGUAAAGAUUAUCCAAGACUGAACUGCACUUCCACCUUAUAUGGA